CGGGGCGGGGCCGGCACCGGGCACCGGGCACCGGGCACCGGGCCCCGAGCGGAGCGGGCCGGGCGGCGGGACCGGGCCGGGCUCGGGGGCCUCGGCGCUGGGCAGCAAUGGCAAAGCCUCAGAGCAAGGAUUCCGGGCUGAAGGAGAAGUUCAGGAACCUCCUGGGGCUGGGAACAUCCCGGGGAAGUUCCAAGUCGUCGGAGGGCAAGCAGACAGAGUUUAUCAUCACUGCAGAAAUACUCAAGGAACUGAGCAUAGAGUGUGGAUUGAGUAACAGGAUACGAGCAAUCAGUCAAAUCUGUGAAGUGGCAAAAACCAAAAAAAUUGAAGAGCACGCCGUGGAGGCCGUGUGGAAGGUGGUGGCUGACAUGCUGCAGCCGGAGCGUCCCGCCGAGGCCAGGCACGCCGUGCUCCACCUGCUCAAGUCCAUCGUCCAGGGACAGGGUGAGAGGCUGGGCAUCCUCAGAGCCCAUUUUUUCAAGGUGAUUAAGGAUUAUCCCUCCAAUGAAGACUUGCACGAGAGGCUGGAGGUGUUCAAGGCUCUGACGGAGAACGGACGCUACAUCACCUACUUGGAGGAGGAGCUGGCUGAUUUUGUGCUCCAGUGGAUGGAUGUUGGGCUGACUUCUGAGUUCCUCCUGGUUCUGGUGAACCUGGUGAAAUUCAACAGCUGCUAUCUGGAAGACUACGUAGCUGACAUGGUCCACAAGAUCUGCCUCUUGUGCAUUCAGACUUCAUCAUCUAUGGACAUAGAGAUCUCCUUGCAAGUCCUGGAUGCAGUUGUUUGUUACAACUGCCUGCCCUCGGAGAACCUGCCCGUGUUCAUCAUCACCCUGUGCCGCACCAUCAACGUGAAGGAGCUCUGUGAGCCCUGCUGGAAGCUCAUGCGCAACCUGUUGGGGACUCACCUGGGACACAGUGCCAUCUACAACAUGUGCAGGAUCAUGGAAGACAGAUCCUACAUGGCAGAUGCAGCCCUGCUGAGAGGAGCUGUGUUCUUUGUUGGGAUGGCUCUGUGGGGGGCUCAUCGCCUCAAUUCCCUCAGGAACUCCCCCACUUCAGUGCUGCCUUCAUUCCUCAAGGCCAUGACCUGUCCCAACGCCGUCGUGUCCUACGAGAUCGUUCUGUCCAUCACACGCCUCAUCAAGAAAUAUGGCAAGGGGCUGCAGGCUGUCACCUGGGACAUCCUGCUGGACAUCAUGGAGAGGCUGCUGCAGCAGCUGCAGGUUCUGGAGAGCCAAGAACUGAAGUCCAUUGUACAUGAUCUUUUGACCACAGUAGAAGAGCUCUGUGACCAGAAUGAUUUUCAUGGCUCUGAAGAGAGAUUUUUUGAGCUGGUGGAAAGAUGUGCUGAUCAGAGACCAGAAUCUUCUGUGCUAAACCUGAUAACAUACAGAGCUCAGUCCAUCCACCCUGCCAAAGAUGGCUGGAUCCACAACCUGCAGCUCUUAAUGGAGAGAUUCUUCAGGAACGAGAGCCGCAGUGCUGUUAGGAUCAAGGUUCUGGAUGUGCUGUCCUUUGUGCUGAGCAUCAACAGACAGUUCUAUGAGGAAGAGCUGAUAAACCUGGUGGUGAUCUCCCAGCUGGCUCACAUCCCAGAGGAUAAAGACCAUCAGGUCCGAAAAUUGGCCACCCAGCUGCUGGUGGACCUGGCUGAGGGCUGCAACACUCACCACUUCAACAGCCUGCUGGAUAUCAUCGAGAAGGUGGCUGCACAUUCUCUGUCAUCCCCUUCUGAGCUGGAAGAGAGGGACUUGCUGUCAUAUUCAGCUUCUCUGGAGGAUGUCAAGACAGCAGUUCUUGGGCUCCUGAUAAUACUUCAGACCAAGCUGUACAGUUUGCCCUCCAGCCACGCCACGCGCGUCUACGAGAUGCUGAUCCAGCACGUGCAGCGCCACUACAUCUACUCCUACAGCCUGCCCGUGGCCAGCAGCAUCAGGCUGCAGGUGUUUGAUUUCCUGCUGAUGCUCCGAGCUGACUCCCUGCACCGCCUGGGCCUGUCCAACAAGGAUGGAGCAGUGAGGUUCAGCCCCUACUGCCUCUGUGAUUUUGUAGAGGCAGAGAAGAGGGCUUCUGAGAAAAAACCCCCUGGCACCCUGUCCCCACCUUCAGGCAGCCCCAGUGUGCCUUCCCAGGGUGCCACCGUCCGGGUGGGACACCUGCCCUACUCCAUGGUCUUUGGGGUCCUCCUGCAGUGUUUGAAGCAGGAGACAGACUGGAAGGUGCUGAAAUUGGUUCUCAACAAAUUACCCGAGUCCCUCCGCUAUAAAGUGCUAUUUUUAACUUCUCCUUGCAACAUAGACCAGCUGGCCUCUGCACUGAGCUACAUGCUCACAGACAAGAAGACCACGGACCGGCUCCACGGGACCCCCGAAGGCUUUUCCCGCACGGAUUUGCACCUGGCUGUGGUCCCCGUGCUGACGGCUCUGAUCUCUUACCACAACUACCUGGACAAGGCCAAGCAGCGUGAGAUCGUGUACUGCCUGGAGCACGGGCUCAUCUACCGCUGCGCCAACCAGUGCGUGGUGGCACUGUCGGUCUGCAGCGUGGAGAUGCCCGACAUCAUCAUCAAGGCACUGCCCGUCCUCAUCGUCAAACUCACCCACAUUUCUGCCACAGCCAACAUGGCAAUCCCCCUGCUGGAAUUUCUGUCAACUCUGGCCAGGCUGCCCCACCUGUACCGGAACUUCGCGGCAGAGCAGUACGCCAGCGUCUUCGCCAUCUCCCUGCCCUACACAAACCCCUCCAAGUUUAACCAGUACAUCGUGUGCCUGGCCCACCACGUGAUUGCCAUGUGGUUCAUCCGCUGCCGCCUGCCCUUCCGCAAGGACUUCGUCCCCUACAUCACCAAGGGCCUGCGCUCCAACGUGCUCCUGUCCUUUGAUGACACCCCAGAGAAGGACAGCUUCAGGGCUCGCAGCACCAGCCUCAAUGAGAGGCCAAAGAGUAGUUUAAGACUAGCCAAAAAUGCAAAGCAAGGCUUGAAUAACUCUCCUCCAGUGAAAGAGCUGAAAGAACCCUCUGCAGUUGAUGCCUUCCGAUCCCGCAGCAUCAGUGUGUCUGAACAUGUGGUCCGCAGCCGCAUCCAAACGUCCAUCACCAGCUCCAGCCUGGGCUCUGCAGAUGAAAACUCCAUGGCUCAGGCUGAUGACAACUUGAAGAACCUGCACCUGGAGCUGACAGAGACCUGCCUGGACAUGAUGGCUCGAUAUGUCUUCUCCAACUUCACCGCUGUGCCCAAGAGGUCUCCCGUGGGGGAGUUUCUGCUGGCUGGAGGAAGGACCAAGACGUGGCUGGUUGGUAACAAGCUGGUGACCAUCACUACAAGCGUUGGAACAGGGACAAGGUCCCUGCUUGGCCUGGACUCUGGAGAAUUCCAGAGCACCCCAGAAUCAAGCUCAGACCCUGUUUUGCAAGUGAGACAGACCAAGGAGGCUCCAGCCAAGCUGGAGUCCCAGGCUGGGCAGCAGGUUUGCAGGAGCUCCCGCAACAGAGUCCGAUCCAUGUCGGGUGGUCAUGCCUUACGUGUUGGUGCCUUAGACAGCUCAGCCUCCCAUUUUCCCAGUGGCUCAACUUCCCAAGGGACACAGGGCCCUCCUGCUGCUGCAGCCCGCCCAGAGAAGGCCAGUCCUGCUCCACAGACAGCUCUGCAGAAGGAAAAAGCCAACUUGGCUGCCUACGUGCCACUGCUGACCCAGGGCUGGGCAGAGAUCCUGGUGCGCAGGCCCACAGGCAACACGAGCUGGCUGAUGAGCCUGGAGAACCCGCUGAGCCCCUUCUCCUCAGACAUCAACAACAUGCCCCUGCAGGAGCUCUCCAACGCCCUGAUGGCUGCAGAACGCUUCAAGGAGCACCGGGAGACGGCUCUGUACAAAUCCCUGUCCGUGCCCUCCUCCAGCCUGGCCACGGGCACGGCCAAGCCCUCGCUGCUGCAGCGCUCCAACACAGUGGCCUCUUUCUCUUCCAUGUACCAGUCCAGUUGUCAAGGGAAGUUGCACAGGAGCAUAUCCUGGGCAGAAUCCGCCGUGGUGCUGGAGGAGGGCAGCCCGGCCGACAUGGAGCUCAGGGAGGCCGAGUCCCCCGCCGAGUCCCCCGAGAGCGAGGACGUGGAGACCUCGUGCUCCGAGCACGUCCUGAGCGAGGAGAGGUUUGGAAAAGCCCAGGACUCGUACAGCAGGUCCUCCUCCACGUCCAGCCAGGAGGACAAGUCGCUGAGGGCGGAGGAGCUGGCGGAGGGCGGGAUCCCCAUCGGGCGCGAGGAGGGCGGCGCGCUGGAGGAGCUCUCCUUCCAGCCCUCGCAGCCCCUCAGCAAGUCCAGCUCCUCCCCGGAGCUGCAGACGCUGCAGGAGGUGCUCAAGGACGCCAACGGGCGGGACGCGCCGCGCAGGCUGAGCACGGAAGUGAAAUCCAAAUCGCAGUCGGGGAACCUGCAAGGGGAAGGGCUGGGCGGCUGGCCGGGCCGGGCCGAGGACGGCAGGGCCGCCGGGCCCGGCGGGGGCAGCGCCGCCGUCGCCUCGCCCCGCUCGCCCUCGGGCCACCGGCCCCGCGGCUACACCAUCUCCGACUCGGCGCCGUCCAGGAGGGGCAAGAGGAUCGACAGGGACGCCUUCAAGGGCAGGGCAGCAGCGUCCAACGCGGAGAAAGUCCCUGGGAUAAACCCCAGCUUUGUGUUUUUACAGUUGUACCACUCCCCCUUCUUUGGUGAUGAAAACAACAAACCCCUCUUGUUGCCAAAUGAGACGUUUGAGAGGUCGGUGCAGCUCCUGGAUCAGAUCCCAUCCUACGACACACACAAGAUUGCAGUGCUCUACGUUGGGGAGGGCCAGAGCAACAACGAGAUCGCCAUCCUGUCCAACGAGCACGGCUCCUACCGCUACACCGAGUUCCUCACGGGCCUGGGCAAGCUCAUCGAGCUCAAGGACUGCCAGCCUGACAAGAUCUACCUGGGCGGCCUGGAUGUGUGUGGGGAGGACGGGCAGUUCACCUACUGCUGGCACGAUGACAUCAUGCAGGCCAUUUUCCACAUUGCUACUCUGAUGCCCACGAAGGAUUUGGAUAAAUACCGCUGUGACAAGAAGAGGCACCUGGGGAAUGAUUUUGUUUCCAUUGUUUACAAUGAUUCUGGAGAGGAUUUUAAACUGGGCACAAUAAAGGGGCAGUUCAAUUUUGUGCAUGUGAUCAUCACCCCCCUGGACUAUGACUGUAACCUGGUGACGCUGCAGUGCCGGAAAGACAUGGAGGGUCUGGUGGACACAAGUGUUGCCAAGAUCAUCUCUGACAAGAACCUGCCCUUCGUGGCCCGUCAGAUGGCCCUGCAUGCCAAUAUGGCCUCGCAGGUCCACCACAGCAGAUCCAACCCCACGGACACCUACCCCUCCAAGUGGAUCGCCAGGCUGCGCCACAUCAAGAGGCUGCGGCACCGGCUCCGUGAAGAGACACAGUACCAGAGCCCUGGCCUUCCCCUGCAGCUGCACCCCUCUGCCCCCUCAAAGCCCCCUCCCCAGAUGCCCCAGGACCCCCCUCCCACCUACGAGACGGGGCAGAGGAAGAGGCUGAUCUCCUCUGUGGACGACUUCACUGAGUUCGUGUAGGGCCGGGCUCGGGGUGUCCCUGCAGGGACACUGAGGCCACGGAAUUGUGUUCCCUGCCUGCUGAUCCCUGCACCUGCAUGGACACAGGGAGUGGGAGGCGCAGCCUGGCUGCUCCUUGCAUGUGGACUUGGCACUGAACCUGCCAGGAGCUUUGGGUGCCCCUGAGGACGACACUGGAUGUCCAGCAGGAGCUCCCAGAGGACCAACCCACCGUGUUUGGUUUGAUUUGAGCUGUUUCAAAGCUUCUCUGUUGGGAAAUUCCCUGCAGAACCUUUCUUUGGACUCCUUCCACACCAGCUCCUGGUGGAAGCAGACAAAGGAUGAUACUCUGCACAUCCUCAUGUGAAGGUACAGGAAUUGUGGGAUUUUUGAGGACUUUAUUGGGAAUGAAAUAUGAAGUAUGGAAAAUCCAGUUGCUAUUUCUGAGCACCCCAGAAUCCCAGCUCCUCCCUGAACCUCAGGGCUGUCAGCACUUGGACUCUUCAUGUUCUGACUCAUUCUGCUGCCAGCUCUGGAAAGAGUUAAUUUGAGUUCUCUCCUGCCCAAAAUGCUGCUUAAGCUCCCAAGGUUUGUCUUCAUUUUGGCCAUCUGCAGAACUUCCCUGGCUGCAGGAAUGCUGGGGUGUCUCACCCUUCCCCAUGCACCUGAUAAAUCCAUUUUUGACUGCUGACAAGUCUUGGGACAUCGUCUCCCCAGGAGUUUUGUUUAUUCCCUGACAGGGAGGCUCUCAGGGGAGACUGAAGCAGCUCAGUUGGAGCUUCCAGGGCAGCUGGGCACAGCUGGAAUGGGACUUGCAGCCCGUCCUGAGGCAAGGAGGGCACCAGACACUACAGCACCCAACUGGGAGGCACCUCAUAAGCUGGACUAUACUGUGAGAACUUCAUCUCCUGCUUGGCCCCCGAGUGGCAAGCGUGGCUUUGGGAAUGGCUGCCAGCAGGGAGAUGGAGACAAGUGCAAUGUGCACAGGGUGGGACUGUGAAGGGACAGGUGAGGGGACAAAGGGACAGCCCUCGCCUGUGCAGGUGUGUGGGAACACCAAGUGUCUGUUGUGUUCGAGUGUUUGAGUUGUAAAGGAAAUAAAAUGUUUGUCUGAUCA